GCCAUUGAGGGACCCACGAUCAGGGGGAAAGGGUCAGAGAGCCACUCCGACAAGCAGUUGCUGCACGUUUCUCCAGCCUUCAACCUGAACUUUGGCUUAAGCUACAAUUUUUUAACACUUGACGCACAUUCUUGUCUUAUAUCCUGUGGAUGAUUUUUGUUGACACCUGUGUGUCGUCACUACUAAGGAACGUUUUUUUUUUUUUUUUUAAUACCAGAUUGUAGAAGUAACGGGCAGCGAAGAACCACAGCUAGCGACAGCUAUAACGAGGCUAUAGCAGGCUAGCUAACGUUAGCUAGCGACCUGGCUAGCUGCACACGAGCUGAGCACUGCUCGGUGGUGGGGCGGGGGGCCGGCUUGCCUACAGUGUCGUUUGAUGGAUCCGAGAAUCGCCUGGUUUCAACCAGAACAACGUGGACCUGCUAACAACCUGUGGAUGCAGAUUUGGGAGACGACACAAGGGCUCGGGUAUUUACACGUAAAUAACGGCUACACCACUGGAUCUCAGAAUACGUCUAGCUUGAAAGCGAUCGUCAACGGGGCGUCGGGAGCCGUUCUCGCCCGCAGAAACGGGGCGCUUGACUCGAACACCGGCAGCAGUGACGCUAGGACUCAGGGGAUGUCGACCUCAAUGGGGGACGGGAAAAUAACGGCACAGCGGGACUUUAUACCACUGGAAACUAAUAGCAACCACAACAACCGAGCCGGUGGCAGGGGCGGUGUUGGUGAAGGGGGCCAGCAGCAGGGCAGCGGGGUCGCUGUGCCUUGUAGGGGGCAGACGGAUGGACACCCCAACAAAAGGAAAAGAGACAACAAAGCUAGCACUUAUGGAUUCAAUUCCAGCUCCAACACAGGACGCUAUGAUGGCUUCACGGGCACGCCGUGGAAAGUCAGGAACUACUCAGAAGGAAUUGUAGGGUUACACGAGGAGGUCAAUGACUUCUAUGACUACAUCUCCCCACGGCCGGAGGAGGAGAAAAUGAGAAUGGAGGUGGUGGACAGAAUCAAGGGAGUCAUCCACGACCUGUGGCCCAGUGCUGAGGUCCAAGUGUUUGGGAGUUUCAGCACUGGUCUUUAUUUGCCAACAAGUGACAUUGACUUGGUAGUUUUUGGGAAGUGGGAGACUCUCCCACUCUGGACUCUGGAAGAAGCUCUCCGGAAGAGGAAUGUCGCAGAUGAGAACUCCAUCAAAGUUUUGGACAAGGCCACGGUUCCCAUCAUCAAACUGACGGACUCCUUCACUGAGGUCAAAGUGGACAUCAGCUUCAACGUGAAGAGUGGCGUAAAAGCCGCCCGGCUCAUUAAGGAAUUCAAAGAGAAAUACCCUGUACUGCCUUACCUAUUCCUGGUGCUAAAGCAGUUCCUACUGCAGAGGGACCUCAAUGAGGUUUUUACUGGUGGAAUUGGCUCCUACAGUCUCUUCCUCAUGGCUGUCAGCUUCCUCCAGCUUCACUACAGGGACGAUGUGUGCAGUCCCAACAUCAACAUCGGUGUUCUGCUCAUUGAAUUCUUUGAGCUCUACGGUCGCCACUUCAACUAUCUGAAAACGGGUAUCAGGAUAAAAGAUGGAGGUUGCUACGUUGCCAAAGACGAGGUUCAGAGGAACAUGAUGGAUGGCUACAGGCCCUCCAUGCUCUACAUUGAGGACCCGCUGCAGCCAGAUAACGAUGUAGGUCGGAGUUCAUACGGUGCCAUGCAGGUGAAGCAGGCGUUUGACUACGCCUAUGUGGUGCUCAGCCACGCUGUGUCGCCCAUCGCCAAAUACUAUCCCAAUAACGAGACCGAGAGCAUUCUUGGCCGAAUAAUCCGGGUAACACAGGAAGUGGAUGAGUACAGGGAAUGGAUCCGAAAGAACUGGGGGAGCCCGUCUCAGAAUGAUCCGCCACUCAACAGAAAUGACGUCACACUGUUUGAGUCCCAGCAGCUUGAUGAGUGCAACAACAACGUUCCAGACGACGACGAUGAUGAUGAUGUUGUAGCUCUACCGUCGGCUCCCCGCAGCAAAACCUCCUCCAAUUCCUCCUCUCCGUCCCCUUCACUGCGCUCCUCUCCUUCCUCUUCUCCACUUUCGCCUUCUUCCACGUCCUCAACCUCCAGCUCCAGCGAUGCGGACUCUGAUGGCAUGCCAUGUAAGACAGCCAAGCAGCAGUCUGGCCGGGGCUCCAGCGCCCACAGAGAAAAGUCCGCCGUCGUCAAUAAUAACCGAACACAGAGCCACGCUAACAGCACUCCAUCUGGAAGCAACAAGGGAGGAAAGGCCAGGCUGUCUCGUUCUCAUAAGGGCAGCCACCACGGGCAGCAGAGCUCCUCCUCCAGCAGCACCAAAAGUCAUCAGAGCAACAAGCCACACCACCAGGGCAACAGCAAGAAGAGGAAAAAUGUGCGAGAAUCCACACAAGAAGACCUCUGCAGAUAGGGGUGACCUCAACUGCCCUCCCCCCCCCCUCCCUGUCCUUGUCAGGAACUGACUGACUGUCCUGUCCCACUUCUGCUGCCAGACUCCAGCCUCGGGAGGUUUUUAGAAGUGCAAAAGCAUCUACAGGACCUGUCUCUCUGUCUAGCCUUUCGGGGUGACAAAGCAACAAUUUCUAGCAGGAAAAAAAAAAAACAAAAAAAAAAAAAAAAAGAGAAUUGUUAUAGGAAAUGGGGUUUAAUUUAUUGGACCUGAACUGAAAUCACAAAGGAUAUAUGCUCAUUUGCUUCCCAGUAGCUUCUUUUACGGAGCGGUUUUGCUUCCCACAGCCAGCACCUACAACAACAUGCCUCUUGCGCCUCCUGCUGUACAGGAAUAGACAUGUCGGGUGUCUGGAAUCUACUCUGGAGCAAUACCUGAACUGCUGGCUGGAAAAUAAGAUGAACAUUUUUAUCAACAAAAAAAAAAAAAAAAAAAAAAAAAAAAGAAAAAAAGCAAAUGGCUGAAAAUGUACAAAAAUGUCAUGUUGAAAAACAGACAAAUAUUUACACAGAUUUUAUUAAGAUGGUAACUUACAAAUGCAAUCAGUAAGCGUGGGACAUAACUUAUGCAUGAGAAUUUUUUUGUUGGUUGAUUUUUCUGUUGGAUUAAUCUGUUUUGUUAUGUCUAAACAGGUUAUACAAAGAUUUGUACAAAAUAGGCAUAAGCAAAAAAAAAAAAAAAAAAAAAGGUAAAAAAACCCCCAAAAAUACAAGAACAAAAUGUUUCAUAUUACUUUUUUUACAAGAUAUACCGAUCAAAGACAUGUAAACAUGCACAUCUUGUGCCCUCAGCUUUUUGGCCAAAGCCAAGAGCUGGUUUGGGUCCCAUUGCCAACAUAAAUCAUCAGCAUCUACUUUUA